AUGUAUGAUGCCCUACAAUUUCCCGAGGAGGUCAAGGUCAAAUUGGCGGUUCCUAUGCUCAAAGGAAAUGCUAAGUUCUGGUGGAUAGCUAUGAAGGCUGCUGUUCAAGGAAAUGGCGAACAACUGACAUGGGAGGAAUUUAAAGGUAAAUUUUACAACCAAUACUUUCCUCAGUCAGUGAGAUUGGUGAAGCAGAACGAAUUCUUGACCCUGAAACAGACCGAGAAUAUGACAGUAUUGGAAUAUGCCAGCAAGUUUAAUGAAUUGGGCAGGUUUUGUCCUCAGUUCAUGGAGGAAGAGAUAAGUAAAGCUAAUAGGUUUGAACAAGGCCUGAGAUAUGGGAUCAGGUCUAGGUUGGCUGUUCUGCUUUUCACUAGUUACCAGGAUGUAUUGGAAAAGGCUCUAAAAUUAGAAGCCGAAUUGAAGAGAUCAGAAAAAGAAAGAAGUGACCAGAAGAGACCCAAGAUGACAGAAAGUCUGAGUGACAGGCCACAGAACCUUGAAAGUAGUACAAAUAAGAAGAAGAGGUUUGAGGUCUGUACCUACUGUGGCAAGACUCAUGGGGGGCCUUGUUUUAAGAAGAUGGGAGUCUGCUUCAUUUGUGGUCAACAUGGACAUUUGGCACGGGACUGUCCAAAUAAAAAGAAGAACGACUCGGAACCUACUGAAUUGGGAGCUCAGCUUUUGCAUUGA